AAUUAUUAAAAUAUUAGUAUUAAUUACCAUGUCAAUCAUGGAGUAUGGACAAUACUAUGACUAUACUAUGUUCUAUGAUAUUAUUAUUGUACCAAAUAAUGAUCAGAGGUUCAGACAAUCUGACAAUCAGCACGAUUAAAGAUAUCAUUAAUCGUGGUGUUCGGUAAUCAGUGAUCACAAAUAAGUGUUAUUUGGGUAAUAAUAUUAUGGCUUUACCUAUGUAAUACCAAAGUUUAAAAUUAGCUAAAAUCAGGUUUUAUAUUUAAUAGAUAGAUGAGAGGAGAUUUUUGUCUUAUAAUUUAGGUAUAGGUACCUAAUAGUAUUAGGCAUUUAAUAUUAUAUUAUACUGUACAUUUUAUGAGGAUCUCAACAUCAACAAAAGGAUACAAUUAUUGAACUGUUCGAUUAUCAUAUUGUUAUAUAUAUUUAUUACUAAUUAAUUAGUAAAUAAACCGAAUUUAAGGAACUCAUAGUUUAUACUUGAAUCACAAAAAUUAAGUAUAUUCAAAAUGCCUAAGAAGUUUGUUGGUAUGAAUUCAAAAGCUUCGGAAGCCAAAGCUCGACGAGAUGCUAUUAAGCAAGAAGCCGAUGCUCAAAAAAAAAAGGCGAUUGAAGAUGAAUUUUGGAAAGACGAUGACAAGAACUCUGCCAAAAAACAAAAAAGAAAGGAGGAAAAAGAGAAGAAGAAAAUUGAUCAUAUAGAAAAGAAACGAGAAGCUCAAUUAUUACUGGAAACUGAACUCAGUGAAAUUAAGACUACACAAAUCAACCAAAAAAUCACUAGGCAUCAACUUAUGAAAGAACUUGAUACUCCAUCAAAUCUUAAGUCUCAACUGACGUUGGAAGAAGAAGAAGAAAGUUCAAUUGAGGAAAAUUUGAACCGUUUGACUAUGCAUGAUGAAGAAGCACGGACAGUUGAUGAGGCUCUUAAUAUGCUAAACCCUACUCAAAAGUUGUUGGAUAAACAUCCUGAAAAAAGACUAAAAGCAGCAUAUACUGCUUUUGAAGCAGAAAAUUUACCAAGAUUACGUCUUGAAAAUCCAUCUAUGCGUCUGUCUCAAGUUAAACAACUAAUGAACAAAGAAUGGAUGAAAUCGCCGGAUAACCCUAUUAAUCAGAGAUAUAACAAAAAAAAUUAAAUUGAAUUGCUUUUGAAGAUAAAGAUACAUAAAGAUACUUAACUAAAGUAGGUGUUCACAAUUCCUUGAAAUAAAAUUUGAUCAUUUACCUACUAAGAUAUAUAUUAAUAAUACAAUGUAUCAUGUAACAAAAAUGUAUUAGUUUCAGUUUAGAAUUAAGUCAAAUAUAGUAUAAUAUAAUAAGUAAAUACAUUUUUUGACAUCAUUUGUUUUCUAUAUGAUUAUUGCACUAUGAGUUUGUUAAAAUCAUGAUUUUAUUUACAAGUACAAGCUAUAUUUAUGUAAAAAAUAUACAUAAUAAAUAUUAUAUGAAUACCUUAAGCUGAA